AUGCCACCUCGCUGUCUCCCACUGGCGUGUUUCCCAACGCACGACAGACGCGCAAGUUUGGUUGUGAAAACUUUGCCGAGCUUUACACGCAGGCGUCGCAGCCUGCCGGCAAUGUUGCGAUCACGAUCAAGAAGGGACAUGACGCCUCAUCUGCGGCCAGCGCUGGCUUUGCUCCUGCUUGCGUCCGUGACCCACACCGGCCACAGCUUCUUCUUAUCCCCAAGCGCACAUCCGCCCAGCGCACCACCCGCUUUCUCUUGUCAAUCGCGUCUCGGUGGGCCGGGGCUGGAGAGACGAAGAGCCGGUGGUGCUGCAUUUUUGCCGUUCAUGGUAGCUGGGGAAGGCAUGGGUGGCGGGCUGAGCGGCGUGAAGGGGGCAGGGCGGCGAGGCGGCGGCAAGGGGAAGGGCAAAGGCAAGAAGAAAAAGAAGGGCUCCAAGCAGGGGACGCUGAUCGCAGGGCCGCCGCGGCUGGAGACGGUGCCCGAGGAUAAGCUAGACCAGGCAUAUGUGUUUCGGCAAGAGCGACCGGGACAGACGCCGCGCGUGAUCGAGUGCUACGCGGAUAGAUUUGCGGUAGUGGGCGGGCGGCGGUAUAUGAUCGGGCACCCGUGCGACUGGGCGGUGUCGGUGUGCACCCCCAAGGACGAGGGUAACGUGGAAGCGGUGCCCCUAGACUCGGAGCUGAUGGAGGAGCUGCUGCCGGGUUUGCAGAGGGAGCUGGAAGCGGAAGAUGUCCACCUGUUCGUGACCCCGAUUACGCUCACCCUCCAGGGCGAUUUCCUGGAUGAUGAUGAUGAGGACGAGGAGGACGAGGAGGACGAGGAGGAGGACGAGAACGACGAGGAGAUUGAGUACAGUAGCAAUAAGGGCACCGCUUUCAUCGGGGACGAGGAGAUCGAGUACGAGGUGUUGGAAGAAGGGGACGGCUCCUACCCUACGGAGGAGGAGGAGGAGGAGGAGGACGUCAGGGUCCCCACGGACAUAACCGCCGAGGGGGUAGAGCUAAUCGCCUCCUACUGGUACGAAGAUAAGGAGUACGCCCUGGUGAAACACCUGGACCCGGUUUUCGUGAUCGCCAGACAGACCAAGAACGGAUACUACCUCCUGGGGGAGGAAGAGGCGGCAGCGGUCAAGCCGAAGGUAGAAGCGAUGCUCUUGGAGGAAAUCCACCUGAACGAGGCCCUCGAGGAGACGCUCGGCAAGGAGCAGCUGGAGAAAGAGCUCGAUGCGGCUCUGGAGGCACAGGGGGGUGAGAACGCGGACCUGUCCAAGGCGUUCCCGGUGCCGGAGGAGGAACAGAAGGAGUCGGAGAUUCAGGACGCUGAAAUGGCAUGA